AUGGAGAACAAGAUGGGUAGGCCAAAUAUUCCUCUCUUGUUCAUUCUCACUAUCGCUUGCAUGUUCAGUUUCACUCUAGCCACCGCUCACGAACCAGAAAGUUCAUGGGAAAGUAAUGCUGACAUUGACCAGAGCAAUUUAGAUACAUAUAUCGUCCAUCUGAAUCAGCCCAAUCGUCGAGUUUUCACUCAUUCAGAAGAUCUAGAAAGCUGGUACCAAUCAUUUUUGCCGCCAACUACCACGAGCAUGAAUAAGCAAUCACGCAUGGUGUAUUCAUAUCGCAAUGUGAUCAGCGGGUUUGCAGCCAGAUUUUCACCGCAGGAAGCAAAAGCCUUGGAAAAGAAGGAUGGGUUUGUAUCAGCUCGGCCCCAAAAGGUGUUGCCUUUACAUACAACUCAUAGUCCAAGCUUCUUGGGUUUGCACCAAAAUUUAGGGUUUUGGCAAGGCUCAAAUUAUGGAAAAGGUGUGAUUAUUGGCGUUUUGGACACUGGAAUUACUCCAUCCCAUCCUUCCUUCAGCGACGAAGGAGUACCGCCUCCACCGGCUAAAUGGAAGGGGAAAUGUGAACUAAAUGGCACGAUGUGUAACAACAAACUCAUCGGUGCAAGGAACUUUGUGAGUGGCUCGACAGAACCACCAAUUGAUGACGAAGGACACGGCACCCAUACAUCGAGCACUGCUGCCGGAAACUAUGUUGAAGGGGCGAAUGUUUUUUGCCAUGCCAAUGGCACAGCGGCUGGCAUGGCUCCUCUGGCUCACUUGGCUAUUUACAAAGUAUGUGGUGAGACAGGUUGUGGCGAAAGUGACAUAUUGGCCGCAAUGGACACUGCAGUUGAGGAUGGCGUUGAUGUGCUCUCUCUCUCCAUUGGUGGAUGGUCCUCUCCUUUCUUUGAUGAUGGCAUUGCGAUUGGGGCAUUUGGUGCAAUUCAAAAGGGAAUUUUUGUUAGUUGUUCAGCUGGAAACUCUGGCCCAGUCAAUGCUUCGUUAUCUAACGAGGCCCCAUGGAUUCUUACUGUUGGUGCAAGCACCAUCGAUCGAAGCAUAAGAGCAAUGGCAGUGCUCGGAAACCUUGUUUUGUUUGAUGGCGAGUCUCUUUUUCAGCCUCCUAUGUCGUUCGAUUUAUUGCCUCUUGUUUACGCUGGCACGAAUGGGGAUCAAAAUGCUGCAUUGUGCCGGCCAGGAUCAUUGAAUAACACUGAUGUCGAAGGCAAGGUUGUAUUGUGUGAAAGAGGGGGUGGGAUAGCUAGAAUUGCCAAAGGGCAAACAGUGAAGGACGCGGGUGGUGUCGCCAUGAUUCUUAUGAAUCAAGAACAGGAUGGUUAUAGUACAUUAGCUGAUGCUCAUGUUCUUCCUGCAACACAUGUAGGCUACAAAGCUGGACAAGAUGUCAAAGCCUAUAUAAACUCGACCUCGUCACCUAUGGCUACAAUCAUAUUCCAAGGAACUGUAAUUGGAGUAGAUUAUGCUCCUAUGGUUACCUCAUUCUCUUCCAGAGGCCCUAGCUUGGCAAGCCCAGGCAUUCUGAAACCUGACAUUAUUGGUCCUGGUGUGAGCAUUCUUGCUGCAUGGCCCAUCUCUGUGGAAAACAACACCAAUACAAAGGCCACAUUUAACAUAAUUUCUGGCACCUCAAUGUCUUGUCCUCACCUCAGUGGCAUCGCGGCAUUGCUGAAAAGUGCACACCCAGAGUGGUCACCUGCUGCUAUUAAGUCUGCAAUCAUGACAACUGCUGAUCAGUUAAACCUCGAUAAAAUGCCUAUCGUUGACGAGAGGUUUCUUCCGGCUGACAUUUUUGCCCUCGGGGCAGGGCAUGUCAACCCAUCUAAAGCAGACGACCCAGGGCUUGUCUAUGACAUCCAACCCGAUGAUUACAUCCCCUAUUUAUGUGGAUUGGGUUACACUGACCAAGAUGUUAGUGUCAUUGUGCAACGGACCAUUAACUGCUCCCAAGUAUCAAGCAUACCUGAAGCAGAACUUAACUAUCCUUCAUUUGCGAUAAUACUUGGGUCAACCCCUCAGACAUAUACAAUGACAUAUACGAGGACAGUGACAAAUGUCGGCCCGGCUAACUCAUCUUACUAUCCUGCCAUUUAUGAAGUACCAGGAGUUGUUCUUAGUGUCGAGCCUUCGAGGCUCGACUUCUCAGAGGUGAAUGAAAAUUUGACGUACCAAGUAACAUUUACCCGAUUAGCCAACAGUGGAGUCAGUGUGCCCUAUGUUCAAGGAGCUCUUGUUUGGAUUUCUGGCUGUGGCGAAAGUGACAUAUUGGCCGCAAUGGACACUGCUAUUGAGGAUGGCGUUGAUGUGCUCUCUCUCUUCCUUGGUGGAGGGUCCUCUCCUUUCUUUGCCGAUGUCAUUGUUCAGCAUUUGGUGCAAUUCAAAAGGGAAUUGUCGUUAGUUGUUCAGCUGCAACGGCACUACACGGAAACAUGGAUUCUUCCCGUCGAUUUAUUUCCUCUUGUUUACGCUGGCAUGAAUGGGGAUCAAAAUGCUGCAUUGUGCGGGCCAGGAUCAUUGAAUAACACUGAUGUCCAAGGCAAGGUUGUGCUAUGUGAAAGAGGAGGUGGGAUAGCUAGGAUUGCCAAGAGGCAAACAGUUAAGGACGCUGGUGGUGCGGCAAUGAUUCUCAUGAAUCAACAGCAAAAUGGUAAUAUUACAAUUGCUGAUUUUCAUGUUCUUCCUGCAACACAUGUAGGAUAUGAUGCAGGACUAGCUGUCAAAGCCUAUAUAAAUUCGAUAUCGUCGCCUAUGGCCACAAUCAUAUUCUAA